AUGGAUGUAUCAGAUAGCAUUGCGGAAUGGCACGAUAUUGUUUCACCAUUGCAUAAUAAUAUGAAUCGAAAUAGUAAUAAAAGAAAAGUCUCGGGAUCAAUCGCUGUUCCAAAGGAAUCGAAGGUACGGAAGAAAAUUGUCAAGGAGUCAACAUCGGAUGCUAGUGAUGAUAUAGAAAUAGCUCAGUCGUCUUCAGUGGAUCUUCAUUUUUCUCCCAGUCAAAUUGCAAAAAUUGUCCAGGUAUAUACAUCUGCUUUUUGA